AGAAAGAACCGGAGAAGAAAAAGUGCACAAAAAGACAAGCAUUUUAUAACUUCAGAAAAUAUUUUGACUGUCUUUUUUUGGAGUCCUAUUCAAGGAGAGCGUCUGAGUUAGCGAGCUUGAAUGGGUUGCCAUGGUGAUUGACACUGGCAGGCUGACCCUAGAAGAAGACUGGAUGUUGAAUGGACAGAGAGCUGCAGUGGCCAGCCAGCGAAAGUAACAGGGAGUUAUCAGAGAAAGGGAAGAAGGGAGGAAGAGAAUGGAGGACGGCUUCUCCAGCUACAGCAGUCUCUAUGACACCUCUUCACUGCUGCAGUUCUGCAACGAUGACAGUUCCUCGGCGGCGAGCAGUAUGGAGGUGACGGACCGGAUCGCCUCUCUGGAGCAGCGGGUUCAGAUGCAGGAGGAUGAGAUUCAGCUGCUCAAGUCGGCGCUGGCUGACGUGGUGAGGAGACUGAACAUCUCAGAGGAGCAGCAGGCCAUGCUCAACAGGAAAGGACCAACCAAAGAAGCAGCAGUGAGGAGAGACUCUCCCUCCUCUGACAGCAGUGUUGGGAAGCCAGCUAGACCGAUGAUUGCAGCCCUGCCCCUGAGACCCACGGUCAAUAACGGUACUGUCCUGCCUAAGAAGGGCGGCACACUGCCAUCCCCCUCCAGCUCCAAGAAGGACAACAGCUCACCAGCAACCAAAAGCACUGUGAAAAGAACAAGUUCAUCUGAGCAAGUUGGCCCCAACAACAGGAAAGACAGUGGUGUGGACUCCAAAAGCAAUCGCACACGCGCUGGUUCCACAGGGAGCAACUCCAGUGGCAAGAAAGUCACAGAGAACAAACAGAAGGAGCCUGUUUUCAGCGCAGGGAUGCGACGUGUGACACACUGCAAAGAUGAAGGGUAUGUCAAAAUGUAUUUGAAGGGACGACCCAUCACCAUGUACAUGCCCAAAGACCUGGUGGACACAUACUGCCUGGAAGCAAAGGCUGACUUGCCUCCUAAAAAACUGAAGCUAGACUGGGUCUAUGGUUACCGAGGCCGUGACUGUCGAUCCAACCUGUAUUUGCUCCCGACGGGGGAAACGGUUUACUUCAUUGCAUCUGUGGUUGUGCUGUAUAAUGUGGAUGAGCAACUACAAAGACACUACACUGGACAUACUGAUGAUAUCAAGUGCCUCGCUGUCCAUCCUGAUAAAAUCACCAUAGCAACAGGACAAGUGGCUGGCACAUCCUCAGAUGGAAAACUUUUGGCUCCUCAUGUGCGAGUGUGGGACUCUGUGAGUUUGAACACGUUGCACAUCCUUGGAACCGGUUUCUUUGAUCGAGCUCUGGUUUGCCUUUCCUUCUCAAAGUCGAACGGAGGAAGCUGGUUGUGUGUUGUGGACGACUCCAAUGACCACAUUCUCUCUGUGUGGGACUGGCAGAGGGAGGAAAGACUUGCUGAAGUCAAGUGCUCCAAUGAGUCAGUCUUUGUUGCUGAUUUCCACCCGACAGAUGCUAAUAUAAUGGUAACCUGUGGAAAGUCACACCUUUACUUCUGGUCAUUAGAAAAGGGAUCUCUUGUGAAAAAACAGGGUCUUUUUGAGAAACAAGAGAAGCCCAAGUUUGUAUUGUGUGUGACUUUUUCAGAAAAUGGCGAAGCCAUCACUGGAGACUCGAGUGGAAAUAUACUUGUGUGGGGCAAAGGAUCUAAUCGUAUUAGCUUAGCCAUUCAGGGAGCACAUGAGGCAAGCGUCUUUGCACUUUGCAUGUUGAGAAAUGGGACGCUGGUCUCAGGCGGGAAGGACCGUAAACUCAUCUCCUGGGACGAAAAUUUUCAAAAGAUUCAAACGGUGGAGGUGCCUGAGUUAUGUGGCCCUAUUCGGACUGUGGCUGAAGGACGGGGAGAAACGGUUCUUAUUGGCACUACCAAAAACUAUGUCCUGCAAGGCAAUCUGGAUGGGGAGUUCAUACCCAUCACCCAGAGCCACACAGAUGAGUUAUGGGGCCUGACUGUACAUCCGCUGAAGCAUCAGUUCCUCACCUGUGGCCAUGACAAGCACGUCUGCCUGUGGGACUCUGCCUCUCAUCAGCCCAUCUGGACCAAAACAUUGGAGGACGCCGCGCAGUCGGCCGGCUUCCACCCUUCUGGAGCGACAGUUGCUAUAGGAACGCAGACGGGCAGGUGGCUUGUGCUCGAUACCGAAUCGAAGGAUCUUGUCACGGUGCACACGGACGGGAACGAACAGCUGUCGGUUAUGCGCUUUUCUCCAGAUGGUCAUUUCCUUGCGAUCGGGUCACAUGACAACUACGUCUACAUUUAUGCUGUGGCAGAAAAUGGAAAGAAAUACAGUAGAGUUGGAAAGUGCUCAGGUCAUUCUAGUUUCAUCACCCAUCUGGAUUGGUCUGUGGAUUCUCAGUACUUGGUAUCCAACUCAGGGGACUAUGAGAUCCUUUACUGGAUUCCUUCUGUGUGCAAGCAAGUAGUGAGUGUGGAGACCACCCGGGAUAUUGAAUGGGCCUCUUUCACCUGUACUCUGGGCUUCCAUGUUUUUGGACUGUGGCCGGAUGGCUCAGAUGGUACUGAUAUCAAUGCUGUGUGCAGUUCAAAUGCAAAGAGGCUGCUUGUCACCGGAGACGACUUUGGCGAAGUUCACCUCUUCUCAUUCCCUUGCUCUCAGUCCCGAGCUCCUAGUCACAUCUACGGUGGACACAGCAGCCACGUCACCAAUGUUAACUUCUUACAUGAUGACAGCCACUUAAUCUCUACAGGAGGGAAGGACAUGAGCGUAAUGCAGUGGCGUGUGGUGUAAAACGACCACUGUCACACUGAACUUCCUUAUUUUUCUAGGAUCAAGUGGCUUGGGAAAGCAUAAGUGGGGCCAUCGACUACAGAGUAAAGUGGAGUCUCAGUUUUAUUUGCCUUUAAAUUGAUCUCAGGACACCAAUAUUUGAAGUGACUCUCUGUUUUGACUGUCUCGCACGUUUCCUAGGCUAUGAAAGAGAUGCUUUGUGAUAUAAACCCAUCUCUGUAGCUUUGAAUAACAAACUAAAGAAUCUGCUCUACAGGACAAAGUUAAAUGUGAUGCCAAAGCACAUUGGGAAUGAAUAGUCCAGUCCAGUUUAUAUUAGACCAAUAUAUGUGCUCAAAGCACUGACCAAUCAUAACACUGUCGUAACUUCUGAGGUAUCAUUUAGAGUCUUAAAAAUACCAUCAGAUGAUUGAUAAAUAGCACGUUAACCAUCAUUUUGUACUAAAAUUUGCCUCCAUAAUGAUCUUUUAUUAACUUUUGCUGCCACCGUAUGGUACGUUGCGGUAUUGCAGCCACCUUCCCACCGCUGAAUUUAUUAUAUCCUCUGCUGUAGUCAAAUACUUACGGUGUUUCAUGGAUUUAAACUGUAAUAGAAGUACAAAAAUAUUCAAUCAGCCAUCAAAAUCCUCUCAAGGACGAAAAAUAGCAUGAUUUUGGGAAACAAAGUGACUGUACUGCAAAAUGAUCAAGGCCUUCACUGACGUUCACUUGCUAAAUCACUACAGCCAUCAAUCACUGAUUUAGUUUAAUCCUCAGUCUGACAUCAAAUCUGUUUUGUGCAUCAACUAGCUUAACUAAACGCCAUCAUGUAGUGCACAUUUACAUUAGAGUUAAGCUCCAUUUUCAUAACCUCCGCUUGAGAAACAUGAUUGAACAGUUACAGUCAAAUGACUGUAGUAUUAAUAAUAAAACUAAGCAUGCACAAGCUUGUUUAACUGUCUAAUCUAUUUUUCCAUAUUCAUUGUCGGAUAUAUGGCAUAGCCAUAAAAAUAAAGGAAAACAUGUUAGUUCUUCUGUGAAAUAUGAGAAAGCUUUGUUUUUGACCAAAUAGGUUUGUUGGAUCACGGUUGGAGUGAUAUUUUGAAGGAUAAUGUCUACAACCACAUGACAAUAUUACGUUAUAUGAAUGUAUAAUAAAAUGGGGAAAAUCAGUCCUUUCACCUUAGAAAAAUGUUUUGUAAUAAUGUGUCAGAAAAAAAAAAUAAUAAUAAAAAUUCAGGAACA